AGACAAAACACGCUUCCAGCCUCAAGAACGACCGGUCGCCCAGAUCAAACUCGUUCUUGCCCCCCCGACAGUCUCUGGACGAACACACGCGACCCAACACGACCUGGUCAGCUUGGGUUUUCUGACGGAUUACGCCCCUCGUCCACCACCACUUGUCAGCCGGCAUAUUGUUCCCAACAUCGCAUUCUUUCUUUGAUUCCCGGCGCACGAUCGCUCUUCAAACGAACACACACAUAGACACAACAAACAUGCCUCCGGCAACCAUGAUGACGGGGGCGUACGGGCAGCAGCCUUCUGGCAGUGAUGGUAUCGACAGCACUUGGCCAUACUUGCAGUCUAGUAUUAACAAGAUCAUGACCAACCUCCAAGAAGGGCUCGACAUGAGUAGUUACAUGGGAAUCUACACGGCGGUGCACAACUUCUGCACAUCGCAGAAGGCUAACGGCGGUAGCAGCAGUCCGAGUAAUCACCUUCCGGGAAUCGGGACCCAGAGAGGGGCCCAUCUGCUUGGUGAGGACUUGUAUAAGAAGCUGGCCAACUACCUGACAGACCACCUUAAGCACCUGGUCUCUGAAGCGGAGGCUCACAAGGACGAGGCCUUGUUGGCCUUUUACAUUCGCGAAUGGCAACGCUACACCAACGCCGCAAAGUAUAUCCACCAUCUUUUCAAGUACCUGAACCGACACUGGGUUAAGCGCGAGAUGGACGAAGGGAAAAAGAACAUCUACGACGUUUACACGCUCCACCUUGUUCAGUGGCGUGACGUGUUGUUCCAAGCCGUCUCCAAGAAAGUUAUGGACGCCGUUCUCAAGCUAGUGGAAAGGCAACGCCUCGGUGAAACCAUCGAGUACACCCAGAUCAAACAGGUGGUCGAUAGCUUCGUCUCACUCGGCAUGGACGAGGGUGACAACACCAAGACGACGCUGGAAGUGUACAGGUACCACUUCGAAAGACCAUUCCUGGAGGCGACCAAGGUCUUUUACCAAAACGAAAGCAAACAGUUUGUGGCCGAGAACAGCGUUGUCGAGUACAUGAAGAAGGCCGAGGCUCGCCUGGCUGAGGAGGAGGAGCGCGUACGCAUGUAUCUUCAUCCAGAUAUUGCCCUACAUCUGAAGAAGACUUGCAACCAGGCCCUCAUCGCGGAGCACUCUACCCUGUUGCGUGACGAGUUCCAGGCCCUGCUGGACAACAACCGAGAGGACGACAUGAGACGGAUGUAUAGCCUCUUGUCUCGCAUUCCCGACGGUCUGGAGCCUCUGCGGACUCGUUUCGAGGCCCAUGUUCGCAAGGCUGGUUUGGCGGCUGUUGCCAAGGUGGCUGCAGACGCCGACAAGCUGGAGCCCAAGGUCUACGUCGACGCUCUGCUUGAGAUCCACACUCAGUACCAGGGGCUAGUUGAGCGCGCUUUCAACAAGGAGCCUGACUUCACGAGAUCUCUAGACAACGCCUGCAAGGAAUUCGUGAACAGGAACGAGGUCUGCAAAUCGGGCUCCAACAAGUCACCGGAACUGCUGGCCAAGUACACGGACGUGCUUCUCCGCAAGAGCAGCACCGGCGUGGAGGAGGCGGAGCUGGAGAACACGCUGACGCAUAUUAUGACUGUGUUCAAGUACAUCCAGGACAAGGACGUGUUUCAGAAGUUCUACUCACGCAUGCUGGCGCGCCGCCUCGUGCACAGCAACUCCAACUCGGACGACGCCGAGACCUCGAUGAUUUCCAAGCUCAAGGAGGCCUGCGGCUUCGAAUACACCAACAAGUUGCAACGCAUGUUCCAGGACAUGCAGAUCUCCAAGGACCUCAACACAGGCUUCAAGGAGCACGUUGCCUCCCUCAACAUGGACAGCAAGCCGCUCGACUCGACGUACUCUAUCCUCGGCACCGGUUUCUGGCCGCUCGUCCCGCCAAACACCAGCUUUGUUGCGCCCGCCGAGAUCUCGGCUGACUGCGAUCGGUUCACCCGCUUCUACAAGAACAAGCACGAAGGCCGCAAGCUCACUUGGCUGUGGCAGCUGUGCAAGGGCGACAUCAAGGCGAAUUAUAUGAAGGGCGCUAAGAUGCCCUAUAUCUUUAGCGUGUCGGCGUACCAGAUGGCCAUUUUACUGCUUUUCAACGAGAAGGACCAGUACACGUUCGAGGAGCUUGCGAGCAUCACUCAACUCAACGCGGAUGUGCUUGAAGGCGCCUUAGGCAUAUUGGUCAAGGCCAAGGUUCUUACCGCGGAGGGUGGAGAAGGUGGCAAGAUUGGGCCGGGAGCGACGUUUUCGCUCAACUACGACUUCAAGAACAAGAAGUAUCGCAUCAAUUUGAAUGUGGGCAUGAAGAGUGAGACCAAGCAGGAGGAGGCGGAGACGAACAAGACGAUUGAGGAGGAUCGCAAGUUGUUGUUGCAGUCCGCUAUCGUCCGUAUCAUGAAGGCGCGCAAGAAGAUGAAGCACCAGCAGCUUGUCUCGGAAACCAUCAACCAGAUCAAGGCCCGAUUCAUGCCCAAGAUUGGCGACAUCAAGAAGUGCAUUGAGAUCUUGCUUGAUAAAGAGUACCUGGAGCGGUUGGAGGAUGAUGAGCUUGGGUAUCUUGCCUGAGUGUUUCUGGUGCUGUUGGUAGGACUAACCACGAACACAAUAACGUGGGAGUCUGGGUACUGAAGCGGUUAUCAUCAGGAGAAUCCACGUGCGGGGUAAACAAAUCAACAAUGAACAAGCGGAAAAAGUACGAAUUAACUAGCCUCGAUAGAAUUCACACAUAUCGGUAUUGAACA